AAUAGAAAGCACUCAUUCAAUUUUGAAAACUUGUCAAUUUUCGAAGUGUUCAUUUAAAAAAAAGAAUGAAAAAUCACUAUCUUUUAUAAGGUUAAGAUCAAAAUUUUGAGUUGUAUUGCAAAAAUUUUGUAUAUCUAUCGUACCGACAUUUUUUUUAUUAAUAGCUGGCAGUGAAAUUUUGUAGAUUAAUAAAAAAAGGAAAUGGCUAUUAAUUUCCACAAAAUUCCAAGUGAUCUUGUUAUACCUGAACCGCCAAAAUAUGCGCAUACCGUUCUUGAUGAGAUUCAGGCUCGUAGUGCAUUGAUCGACGAACGUCAAAUUAAGUGUAAAGAUAUUGGGCCGCUUUAUGAGAAGCCCAAAAAACGACCACAGCGCUAUUCUUACAAAUACUAUUGCGUUUGUCCCCGUUAUAAUCCCCAAUAUCUAUGUCAACAUUCCGGCAAUAUAAUAAUCGAUCGAGAUGUCCUCACUCAAGAAGAACACCUUGUCUAUUUAUCAACACCGAAAGCUAAUUUUGCAGCCCCCCGUAAAAUGCCCCGUUACUAUGAAAAAAAGGCUAUUGUACCAAACUGCACUGCGCGUAUAAAUAAAUUAGCCGCUCCCGACCAAGCACGAGUCAAGGAAACUUUAUCAAAAUUCCAGCAUCUUUUAAAAAAACGCCAUCUUAAUUCCCUACAACAGCAUCUAAAAAAGAAACCCGACGUCGAAUACACAGACAUAAAUACUGCGUUGGCCUGGUUGGAGGAGGAGAGACGUCUAACAUUGGUCGCUAAACGUCUGAACAAGCAACGCUGUAAGAAAUUGUCAAAGAAAAUUGCCAACAAGCAAAGAAGUCAAAUUAAAAAGAUUAUAUGCGUUCUAUUCGAGGAAAUGAAAGACUUUUUACUAAACGAUCAAUUUAUAAUGGACGAACGUUCAACAUUAGUAGCCGUUAUACUAGAAACAAUAAGGGAAUUUACAGACAAAGAAUUUUAUACCACGAGCAACUUGCGGGAGUACCAAAAAAUAUUGGCUUUCAAUUUAGCUGUUUGGAUUAAUAAAUUCAUUUCUAAUCUCAAUAUACAUGUGGCGCAAGCCCCGGCCAGCCCACAGCGAGACCAGCCCUUUGCAGACUCGAGACGUCAGCAAUAUUCCGAUAAACCUUCUCAAGCAUUGCAAAACUUUUUGCCUGUUGGUGAUUAUAUAUCAUAUUCUAGUGCUUCUGAUGAGUUCAUGGAUGACGAAAAUGAAGAAUUUUAUUCGGUAAAGAAUCCCCCAACAAUGCCUAGCGAAGCCGUUGAAGGCGAAACGGAGAAAACUCUCAAGACUGAGGGGGCUGAGCAGGCCGAAGCUGAAUAA